AUGGGGGACCAGCAGGCCAACAGAGAAGCCUGUUUGAAUCUGAAGAACCAAACACAGUUUGAUGCUUGGAUCCAGAAUGUGGUGCGACGUGUUUCCCUGACCAGGCUUGUGUUUGGGGAGAAACAGUUACAACUAGCCUAGUCUCAUGCCAGACUGGCUAAAGCAAACUUUGAUUUCAAAGGUUGCGGACUCCACGCACUUGAGCACUUGGCUCUUUCCGGAGGGUUGCUCCUGUUUUCCUCCUCUGUCCCCAUCUGUAAAGGUAAAAAAAACUUCUCCGGACGUCUCCAGACUUUACACCUCACACGGCGAAGGGCUUCGCUUAUUACGGACAAUUCUUCAGACUUGUCUUUCCCAGAGGCAGAGAAAGUUCUGGCAGAGCUUUAUAGACACUGUGUUAUGAACCAGAAAGAGACAAUAGACUUGCCAGCGGUCUGUACAGAGGAGGCAUUAAGCCAGUGUUAGAAGUCUUUGAAACUACUGAAGAAUUACAAUGAGCUAAAGAAGAUGUGCGCUUUUAAAGACAUGGCUACCAUUUAACAGAACAGAGAUCACUUGGACAGACCCAUAGAAUAUCUCUCAAAUGCUCAUGCCAUAGCAAUGAGUCACAGUCCAGAGGGUCUGGCGGGAGCUCAGAUCUCCCACAGCCCGGCCAUGAUCCUUUCUGCUGCACCAGACCAACAUCACAAUGAUGAGUGAACUCUGGGUCACUAUUUUGAGCGAAGUCUACGUGCUUACAGGAACUCUGUAGGUCUACAUGAUCCAGCUUUUCUUGCCGCCCAGGAUGACAGCUGUCGCUUCCUCUUGAUUAAUGGACCCCAGGAGGUUAGAAACAGUCUCUCAAUUUAACAUCCCUUUAACACAAAUAGAACAAUACCUUCACAACAAAACAAAAAAAGCAGCAUAAUCGUCAACAUGCA